AUGGCUAAUAGGCAAGCAACGAUAGGAAUAGAAGAAGAAAAAAAUGGGAACGAAGACACGUUGGCGCAGGAGCGCAUCGCUUGGCACUUAAUACCGCCAAGCGCUCCGCAUUUUGGCGGCCUAUGGGAGAGGGGGGUGCGAUCUGUAAAAACCCACUUGAAGAAGGUCGUCGGCGAGCAGAGGCUCACGUAUGAGGAGUUAUGCACCAUAUUAACGCAAGGUGAAGCCUGCCUCAACUCCCGUCCUCUGCACCCCAUAUCCACUGAUCCCAACGACCUGAACCCCCUCACGCCCGGUCACUUCCUCAUCGGAGAUGCGUUGAUGGCACUCCCACAACCGGAUCUAACUAAUGUAACUGAGACCAGAUUAAACAGGUAUCAACUGGUGCAGAAAACCAUACAACACUUCUGGAAGAGGUGGCAGCGGGAAUACCUCCACGGGCUGCAACAACGACACAAGUAG